AUGUCCGACUCGUCCGACGAUGACGACGACCUGUGCCCCGGCGACGAGUUUGGCGUCAACGUAGACGAGCCACACUACUUCAAGCAGCUGAUCCCGGGCCCGCGUAUCUGCAUUUACUGCGGAGAGGAGGAGGACAUGACCGACGACGACUCGGAUGACGACGACUACCAGCCGUAG